AUGGUCCCCAGGGUUCCUGCCUGUGCGGUGAGCACCCUCGGCGUGGUUCCAACCGUGGGCAGCCCGCAGGCUCCGGGAGCUGAGCCGCUGGCCUCCACCCCUCGGGCGGCCGGCAGGUGGCAGUGUUUGGCCGCAGAGCCUCGGGUUCGCUCUCCGCUGGGCUGCUUCGAGAACCUAGAUUCGAAAAGAGCUUCCGGAGGUUCCAUACAAAUAAAUAUAAUACUCCACUGGAACGAAGACCUGGACCGAGGGCUGAUGGCGCCGCCGGGAGUCCUGGCCGCCCUGUUUUUUCACUAUUCGAGAUCGCUCGCUGCUCUCCUAGCCUUCCUCCUCAGUCUCUCAGCCGCUGGACCGAUACAUUUGCCUAUACCCUGGCCCAAUUCCAGGCGACUCCGGGUCCCGGCGCUCUCACACGCAGCCCCGAACACCCCAACCCCGAAGAAAAGCCAGGACAGGGAUCCCACCCGACUCGAAUUCUUCGGCUGCGGCGGCCAACGCAGGGUUUCCUGGAGAAGGAGGAGCCUGCUCCGAGAUGGAGCGGCCAUCGAGACCACGGCCGGGGGCCUCCCUCGGGCUGCUCGCCUCCCGCCUACUCGCUGCUCGGUGGCUCGGAUCGUUUUUGGAACUCCGCACUGUUCCCAUACUGUCUACGUGGCUGCGGAAAACAGAGUUGGCGCCAACCUGCCCUCCACCCACCCAGAAUUCAGGGUAUGUGGACUGAACCAGCGCAAAGUGAAAAGGAAACGAGUCUGUGCCCAUUGUUGUCCCGGCUGCCUGCUGUUCCCCACUCUGAGACUGGGUCUUUGGGCUUCCGCCGCCCGUGGUUCUUUCACUCGAAAAAGAGCCUUCCGCGACUCCCAGGCCUGA